GCAAUUGCCUCUUCGGUCUUUCGCUUUUCUGCAAGCUUUCUGAAUCCUCGCUGCCAUGUCUGGUCGUGGUAAAGGCGGAAAGGGGCUCGGAAAGGGGGGCGCCAAGCGCCACCGUAAAGUCUUGCGGGAUAACAUCCAGGGUAUUACCAAGCCCGCCAUUCGUCGUUUGGCUCGGCGUGGGGGGGUCAAGCGCAUCUCUGGGCUCAUCUACGAGGAGACCCGUGGGGUUCUGAAGGUGUUCUUGGAGAACGUGAUCAGAGACGCCGUCACCUACACCGAGCACGCCAAGCGCAAGACUGUCACCGCCAUGGAUGUCGUCUACGCGCUGAAGCGCCAGGGCCGCACCCUCUACGGCUUUGGCGGUUAAGUCUCCCGAUUCCUGCCGCCUAACAUUUUCCACCAAAGGCCCUUUUCAGGGCCGCCCACAUGUCUCUGCGAAAGAGCCGGCACUUGCUGAUAUCUUUUAUAUUUCGGUGUUUGUGAAAGCAGAUAACGAAGUGUGUACGUUUUAAACUAAAACUAGUACUUUUUAGCUUGCGUUCUAAGGCUUUGGAAGUGUGCUGGGCUGUGUGUUUGCGCUUCGGGUAACGUGGUUUUAGGCUGAUGUUUAUCGUCCAGCUUUACGUUCAUGGGCCAGUGAAGUAAGUUACGGUACUUUCUACCCCCGAAGGAUUCCUUUUUCAGUUCUGGAACAUUCCAAUUUGAGUCGUGUACGUCUGGUGUUGAAUACUAGAGAGAAUUCAGCUUAAACGGCCCGCGGCGGAGCGCCGCAAGCCUCCCCUCCCCUCCCCCGUCCGUGGUCCGGGCUCAAAAUGGCGGCGAGGCCGAGGAACAAAGAAAGGCCGUGUUUGCCGCGGGACGCGGGCCCGGAACAAAGGCGAAUUCGUGAGGGAGGUGGCAUAUUAACCUUGGGCAGGGGCGCGCGCUGCUCGGCUCGGGUGGCGUGUGGAGACGUUGCUCGCCUCUGCUAACUAGAACUUGUACAAAAGACAGGGAGCAAAAUUAAAAUGUACAUGCGGAGAGAGCUAGCAUGUAUUGUUAGGUUAUAGAGACCACUAAAUUCUGGCUUCCUGUUAGGAAAAACGUUGUCCAUAUGAAGGGUUACUUAAAGAAAAUAAAUGACAGCUAAGCUUA